UUUGGUGUGUGUUUUUACUCUGUUCUCGGGUAUCUUGGUAGCGGCUGGGGCCGAGGAUCGGAGGUCUGCGUUGGCCCAGAGAGCGAUCUAAACAGCUGAACUGGGAUGGGUUCGGGCCUCUGGACCAAGCGGUCGAAACAAGAGGAAGUGCCAGAAAGGGAAUGUAACCUACCCCAAAGUCACAGCUGGACAAGAACCUAAGCCUGUAACUGAAGAGGCCAGAGAUCUUGGGAAAGAGACUCUAAGAUCUUUGCAAAUUAUCUUCUGGAAAAAAAAUGCCUAAAGUCAAAAGAAGCCGGAAAGCUCCCCCAGAUGGCUGGGAGUUGAUUGAGCCAACACUGGAUGAAUUAGAUCAAAAGAUGAGAGAAGCUGAAACAGAACCUCACGAGGGAAAGAGGAAAGUGGAAUCUCUGUGGCCCAUCUUCAGGAUCCACCACCAGAAAACCCGCUAUAUUUUUGACCUCUUCUAUAAGCGGAAAGCCAUAAGCAGAGAACUAUAUGAGUACUGUAUUAAAGAAGGCUACGCAGAUAAAAACCUGAUCGCAAAAUGGAAAAAGCAGGGAUAUGAGAACCUCUGCUGCCUGCGAUGCAUCCAGACACGGGACACCAAUUUUGGGACGAACUGCAUUUGCCGGGUCCCCAAAAGCAAGCUGGAAGUGGGCCGGAUCAUUGAGUGCACACACUGCGGCUGCCGGGGCUGCUCUGGCUGAAGCCCUCGGACCCCGACCCUUCUCUGCACUGGACCGCGGACUGCAGGUUUCUGCCUGUCACGCCACCCGUUGCCUGGGAGCAGCUCCUCCUGCAGAGCGCUACCCAGGCCCGAGGAGGAGCACAGUCUCUGUGUGACAGCUUUGCUGUGCAUCUGCGGUGAUUUAUAGAAAUAAAAACUUUUAAACCUUU